GUUUUGGUGAUACUAGGACACUCUCGCGAGAAUAUCAACGGGACUUUGUUAUAUUAUAGAAAAUAUGGCGGACAGGCUAACGCAGCUCCAAGACGCUGUCAACUCGCUUGCAGAUCAGUUUUGUAAUGCCAUCGGCGUCCUGCAACAAUGUGCGCCUCCUGCCUCCUUCAGUAACAUCCAGACAGCUAUCAACAAAGAUCAGCCAGCAAACCCGACCGAAGAAUAUGCCCAGCUAUUUGCAGCCCUGAUUGCCAGAACAGCCAAAGAUGUGGAUGUACUAAUCGACUCCCUGCCCAGUGAGGAGUCCACGGCAGCUCUGCAGGCGGCCAGUCUGCGGCAGCUGGAGGAGGAGAACCAUGAUGCAGCAGCUCGUCUGGAGGAAGUGGUUUACCGCGGCGAUAUGCUGCUGGAGAAGAUCCAGAGUGCCCUGGCUGACAUCGCACAGUCUCAGCUCCGCACACGCAACGGAGCACCGAGCCAGCCCUCACCGGCCGAAUCCUGACCCGCUGUGUACAUAACGCAGUCCUGGACUCUUUAUUUUCACCCUCAGACAUCAGCUGCGAACCUCAAAACACUCAAAGAAUAUAUCUGUAAAGGAAAUGCGAGGCUACGUACGGUCAAUGAAACAUCAUUUGGUUGCUUGGCAAUGUUAUUGUCACACAGCAGCCACUGUUCUCACGGCAAACGCACACGGAAAAAUGUGUCUUCAUGUACACGCAGUUCUGUAUAUGGACCCUUCUGCUGAUUCAAAAAUAUGUCUCAUAAAGACUGGUCUGAAUGUGUAAAUGGUCACUAUGUCAUGUUUUUUUAAAAUUUCUAUCUUGUAUGUUGAUCAAGUCUGUUUUUGUUGAUAUUUAUGAAUGAAAUGAUUGAAAUUCUCGGUUUUGAGUAUCUCCACUGAAAAACCUCUCGGAACUCUUCAGACCAGUUAACAAACCCACUCAGCUCACUGCACCUUUUGUUUUGGUUUUUUUUUAAAUAAAGUUUGAACAAAUACUUUGGA